AUGAUAAGGAUAGCAAGGCGUUUGCUACAAAAUGGAAGUGUUAUGUGUCCCAAAAGGAUUGACUUUCAUCUAGUAAGGGCGAGCCAGUCCUCACCACAUCUUAAGUAUAACCGCUCCAGAGAAAGAGAGACAUGUCCGUUGCCUCUUCCGCCGCCGAAGCCUAAACCAAAGGAUGACAGUGCGUUUUGGGGCGCGGUGUUCCUGGCGACUGUAGCCGCUGCAUUUGCUGUUUAUGCUAAACGAUCACCAGAAAUUCGUGAUUGGCUGACAAUUUAUGCACCGUGGUUCGACGAUUUUAUAGCCGUGUUAUACCAGGAGAACAUGACUUAUGGGGAGUAUGCAGCGCAAUGCCUUCAAGAUCUGAAAAAUUACAUUGGUGAUGCAUUUAGUGAUGAAAAGUCUAAUACGUGCUUAGUAGAGGACACUGUUAAACCUAUUUCAAGUGUUUCCGAAAAACCGAAAGAACAACCAAAGGAUACCAAAGGUGAGGGUGAAGAACCGUGCAAAGUUCUACCUCCGCCUGACUUAACAAAUGACAUUUGUGAUGUGGAGGCUUGUCUGAAAGAUCUCUACGAGACUGUUAUGAAUAAUUAUCUGACCGCAAAAGUUGCUUGCACUUAUUACAAUCAGCUUGUAGAGGAGACAAUGCUGGAUUUCUCAAUUCCUAAACUGAAAGAGCUCCGUAAAGCAAUGGAGGAGCGACUGGAAUUAGUCAAAGUUUCCAUUAAAAAUGCGACAGAUGCUCAAGAGGACAUGGAUGACUUAAAUCGUUACUUGGACUGUGGAGUGCAAGCGCUGCCUGAAGCGAUAGAGAAGACAAGAACAAUGAUGCAAGCUUGCCAAGAGAAAGUGAAGGCAGCCUGCGUAGAAUUUCAAUGGGAGAAUGACAAGUCUGUUGUGCGAGAUAGACAAUGGCAAACGGUGGAAUCGGUAAUUGAUCGAUACAUAGAUGAAAGCGAGAUAAUGUUACCGGGAUUGCAAUAUGUUGAAAAUAAGCUACAUUUAUCUGGCGAUCCGGAUUUGUUGCUUUAUCACACCUACCGUUAUGCUCAAAAAUUGCAAGAAGAACUUAAAGAAGCCGUUGCAGGAAUGAAGGACAGAGUCGACCGUGCCGUGGACAGUGAAAAAGAAACACAAAGAAGGAAAUCACUUAUUGAAGCUGCCAUUAAACGUAAGCGAGCUGAAAUGGAAAAGGAAUUUAAUACACGACUUGAAGAUCAAAAGAAAAGAAAUGAAACGAUUUUAAAAGAGGCACUAAACAAACAAUUGCAAAGACACCAAGAAAUGUUGGAAAAUAAAUUAAUGCAAAGGGAAAAAGAGAAUACUCGUAAACUUAACAAAAUGGUUGCCGAGAAAGUGGCGUCAGAGAAACGAAUUUUCGCGAAACAACUAUCUGAAAUGACUUUCAAAGUGAAAAAAUUAGAGGAUAAGCUUAAUGCUCAUUUGAAGGCUGAAAAAGAGUCGAGGCGAUCACAGGAUUUGUGGACAGCGGGCGCAUCGCUCUUGGCCGCCACUAAAAAAGGAUACCCAUGUGUCAGAGUUGAUAAGGAAUUAAAGGCGAUACAAAAAGCAUCUGGAGGCGAAGAUAAGCUUGUGACAACUGUGUUGAAAGCCAUACCUGUAUCUGUAUGGGAUGAAGGAGUAGUCCCAGAAAGUGUCCUCAAACAAAACUAUUAUCAGAUGGAAAAAACGGUUUUGAAAGUGGCGUUGGUUGAACAAGACGGUUCUCCGUUGCCAAUAUACUUCCUUUCGUGGCUACAAUCUGCUUUGUUAUUUUUUAAGGUUUCAAGUAUACCUCAAGCUGAAAUAGAUAAACCACCAAAAGAACCUUCGGAAGACUUGGACACGUUUGAUUUGAUGCAGAGAGCUCGUUUUUGGCUAGAAAAGGGAAAUCUCGCAAUGGCGAUUCAAUACGUGAGAUCAUUAGAAGGAGCAUCCCGUGUUGCUGCUGAAUCAUGGUUGAAGGCGGCGCGGACACAUCUCGAGAUCCGACAGGCUGCAGAAGCAAUCAUCGCACAUGCAGCUGCUUUAGGCCUUCAAUAUAUUUGA